AUGAACAUAUGUCAUUGUUAUAAUUGAUUAGAGUUUCCAAGUAUUUGUUAUACUUUACCUAUGUUAAAAGAGAGAGUUGACUAGAAGGGUUUAAUGAGUUGACUUGUUAUUGUCUUAAUGCUUUGUAAUAAAUAAGCAUCUAGGGGCUUUUAUGUCAUUUCCCUAGAUUAGGUCGGUGGAGGAAGAAAUGAAAGUAAGAUGCUAUAAUAAGCCAAUCAAUGAAAGUACAUUGCUAUUUGUUGCAUCUGACAUUGGAAACAUUUAUGAUAUCUUAAAUCUUACCAGCCAAAUCCAUCUUGAGUGGCGAUCUAGAGUGGUACUUCUUCUCUUCAAAUUCUAAAAAAUAUUUAAGUGGGCCCAGAAUGAAUCGUGUAACUAAAACUGGAUUUUGGAAAGGCACUGGGAAAGAUAAAGAAGUCAAAUACAAAGGAAGAACUGUGGCAAUGAGAAAAACACUGAUUUUCCAUGUGGGUCAUCGAGAAAAGCGGACAAUAACAAAUUGGGUUAUGCAUGAGUACCGGAUGACAGACGAGGAUUUAGCUAACCAAGGGGUUGCUCAGGAGGCAUAUGUAAUCUGUAGAGUUUUUGAGAAAAGUGGUCUUGGGCCGAAGAACGGGGCACAAUAUGGCGCACCAUUUGAGGAAAAAGACUGGGAUGGUGAUGGUGAUGAUGAUGAUGAUGAUAAGUCUACUGUAACAUCUUUAAUGAUGGUUGGUGUGUUGGUGAAUCCUAAUAAUGCAAGUUGUUUAACAUCAACAUGUCCAUCUACAAAAACGUCUGAUCCGAAUAAUGCAAGCAGUUUGGGUCCCUCUGGUAUCACAUCUUGGGAAGAUGAGAGAGUGACAUAUGUUCCUAUUAAUGAUGAUGUCAUGCUUACCCAUGGUGACCUUGCUUCACUCCUUCAAAAUAACAACACACAGGAGGAGGUAGAAGAUCGCAAUGGGAAGAAUGUGAUGAUUGAUGAUGGUAUUGAUAUCUUAAAUGAGUUGCUGGAUGCGAGCAACCCACACGAUUUGGGUCAAGAUAUGUUUAACAUGGAUACAUUCCUGGGUGAUGAUUUUUGGAAGUAGUGGAGGACCGAGUCAACGUGGAUACAUUUCCACAUACAAUUUUGUAUUACUCAUAGAUUUAUACAAUUAUAUGUUUAGGAAUUAGGAAUAUGGCAAAUUUGUGUUAUAGUAGAUAUAUAUUUAUAAAAAAUACGAUGUUUAGGAUAUAGUAGUGGAACAUUUAUGUUGUACUAUUAUUGUGUGUUAUUUUAGUUUUACUAUAGUAAAUUAUGAUGUUGUGGUUAAA